AGUGCAUUUAUUUUAAUUUAUAUCACUGCCGAAUAUCAUAAGAACAGGUCGAAUAAUACUUUUUUAUCGGUCAAGUUGGAUCUGCUCUUGGCCUUGAUUAUUUGAUACACAACGCUGCGGGCAUGAUAAUGGUCGCCAAUGUGGAUCAUUAUGCCAAACCUCUGUCAUGCUCAUCAUCUAUGGUCUGAAAAGCUGUUUCGACUGCGCAUGUCUAUCGUAUAUGUAAUUUCCAUCUUUAAUUAUUUUGUCAGACCAUUAACAGCGGUGUGUUUCUAAUUUUCUGCGUGGGCCAUCAUGCAGUCCAUCGGACGAGCAGCUCAUUUCCGGUUCCCGGUGCUUUCCAUAUUAUGUGGACUUAUAUCAGGUAUUUGGCGUGCAGAAGCCUUCAGCAUUCCGGGCAUCACGCGGCGUUCCAGUGAUUUCAAAUGUCCCUCGGAUUUCGGAAAUUUCCCGAUCCCUACUCGUGUGAAGCAUACUGGAUCUGCAGUCAAAAAAAUCCAUUAGCGGCAAGCUGCAGUUUUGGAUUAAUCUUCAGCCACAAGACAUACAACUGCGACUGGGCCAAGCCGGAAAUCUGCACGGUGAUCGACGGAAAAGUCAUCCGCGACUGGGUUCCGGCCACCAUUCCGCCAUUACCGGCAGCGGAAAAGGCCAAGCUGGAUAAGAUCGAAAUUGCCGUGGACAAAGGUUACAAUUUACUGUACAAAGCCAAAUUCAUGACGUACAAGGAAGAAGUGGGAGACAACCCGGAUGAUGAUAUCACGCACAACAUCAUGCUGCGCUUCAAUAUCACCCGCAAGGGAACACCAAAAACCGUCUUCGAACAAUACCAGAUGCUGGUGGCGAAGUGGAAAAAGCAGCAGAAGCUCUUGGAGGCACUAGGAUAUACGACCACAAAAGCGCCGGUGACAACGGCCCGUGAAGCCCCGCUCUUCGGGCCCGACAAUUACGUUCUGCCUGACACGGUUACGCCAGCACCAAAAAAAACUUACACCAUCAAACGAGUGGGAGACGCACCGAUUCCUUGCGUUGAAAAACGAUGCCGCCUUCCGGAGUGCUAUUGUGAAGCGAACAAUAUCCCGAACAAUCUGUCACCCAAAGAAACACCGCAGAUUGUCAUGGUGACCUUUGAUGAUGCGGUCAACGGAGGCAAUAUUGAUUUGAUGGACAAGGUAUUCUCGUCCAAGCGUCUCAAUCCUAAUGGGUGUCCGGUUACGGGAACGUUCUUCCUUUCCAAUCAAUGGACCGAUUAUAAACUCGUCAGAUAUUUAGCCCGGCACGGACAUGAAAUUGCCUCGCAUUCCCUGACACAUCAAGACAUGUCGCGCUACACUUAUCAGCAAUGGCGCAAUGAGAUGGUGGGUGAGGUGGAGUUGGCGGAGGAGUUAGCCGGCGUGAACACGUCCCAGAUUUACGGAAUGCGUGCACCCUUCCUCAAUAUUGGCGGGGAUGUACAGUUUCGUAUGCUGUGGGAUAACGGCUUCCUGUACGAUUCCUCCAUCCCAUCGUCCCAGACCAAUCCGCCUUUGUGGCCGUACACCUUCGAUGCGCCCAUGCCGCAUCCAUGUUUCCAAGAGCCGUGCCCGAAAGGUUUUCCCGGUUUGUGGGAAGUACCCUUGACCUAUUUCCACGGGUUAAACAACGUUUCCUGCAGUAUGUACGACGUGUGCGCCUUUCCCAGCUAUUCUGAGGAAAUCGCCGAUUUAUUCUGGCAGAAUUUCCUGCGGCAUUACAACACCAACCGGGCACCGUAUCUGUUAUCCGCGCAUACCGCCUGGUAUCUCAACAGUCUCCAGCGCGGCGAGGGUCUGACCAUGUUCAUGGAUAAAGCCCUAAAACUAGGUGAUGUCUAUUUCGUUAGCGUCAUAAAGGCGCUGGACUGGGUCCGACAACCUACACCGCUGUCAAAGGUCAACACGUUCCCAUCGUGGAUGUGUGAGAAACCGGAGCCGGUAACGAUGGCACCACCACCGCUGACCACGGUUACACAACCGCCACCGGCUACCGCUGCGGUACAACAGAUUGUGCAGGAGGUGUUCACACAAGCCGCGGUAACCACGGCUACUACCACCACUGCUACCACUACCACCACCGUUACCGCACCGAAAACCAGGGCAACGACGAAAGCGGCAGCGGAAACGAGACGAAAACGGCGAAGGAACACUAAGAGAAGAACAACUGCCACCACCGCUACCACUACCACCACACUGCCGGAUUCUGAGUAUUACGACGAUGCAGAGCUUGCUGCUGCACCGAAAUAGAGAUACGCAUAUUUCAGCAAGGUUGUAUUCGUUAAAAAAAUUGUUGGCUUUUGGAUAAAUUCCAAUGGAAUUCUUUGCUCUGUAAUAAGUAUAGCUCGUGAUGAAAAGUUUCAUAGAAAAAGUGCUGGAAUCCUGUCUGCGUGGAAGAUGUACAUUAGUGUUACCAGAUAACUGGCAAGAAUGAUUAA